CUAACAAGUCCGUCACGUGCUUUGCAAUGAUUCUGAAGAACUGUAAUGUAAUUCAUAUGGGAGAAUUAAGUGGUUUAUUGUAUAGAUGCAAACAGUUCUAAAAGCUUUUUAAAUUUCUAAACAAAAACCCUUCUGUGACAAUGUGGAAUUUUUGGGUUUUAAUUUGUUUAACUUCGGUUGCAAGAAUGACACCGCUUCCACAUAUUGCCAUCAAUGUUUUGACGGGAUCCAUACUAAAUAUAACAUGUACUUUCCAUGAGACAUCAACAGGGAACAUACUGUUUUAUAAACUAAAUGGAAACACUACAGAAGCAAGAUUGAAGAUCGAAAACGACGUGGGCCAGUGUUCGUUAACGUCGGGAUUGUCGCCAAAAGAAGUAAAUUGUUCGUGCUUGGAUACAAAUAGUGUAGUGUGCAAUAUUUCUGGUGACAAAAACGUCCAAGAUAAUUACACGUGGAAAUGUGCAACAUUCACGAAAAAUCACAAUCAUCCUUUCUACAGCAACGUAGCUGUCGUUCAAAAAGACGGACAAAUAAGCAGAAGCAGUACAUAUGCAACAUUAAAAGAUACGAUGAGCACAUGGAGAACAUAUGAGGUCACAGAAAUAUUGGAUGACAAACAGGAUCAAAACAUACCGUCCACGGUGUUAGCUUCUACUUCAAGUGUAUCAUACAGCAUCUCGGAAACAGAAGGUGAAACAACAUGGAUGUUUGAUUCAAACACAGGAGUCGCUUCACAUACGACAGGCUUUCGCUUUGAUAUAACACAGAAUAAACCAAACGACACGUUGGAAGCGUUAGAAAACAGAUCAGUCACAACGGCAUCUAAGAAAUUCUUUCAUGACAGUUUCUAUCCCAACGUUAUAAUUUCAAGCGCUUCUGUUGUGUUGAUUAUUCUCACGGCUACAUUGUUUACGUGCGUCUACAGAAAAUACCGUACACACUCAGAUGACCAUGAUGUUAGUUACUUGACUUCUCCGGAAGACGCAAAUGUGCUUACAAGACAGCGCUUAUCAAGUGACCAUUACGAUCGCAUCCCAUCGAUUGCAAUGUCCUCCAUUGUCGAAUGUAAUUUACCGAACGAGUCAGAAUGUGAACAAACCAGUGUGAAAUAUUUUGAAGUAAUCUCAGAUACGUCAGUCUCAGAUGUUCUAUCUGACAAAACAGAUGGGUCCAAAGCACAGACCACCGAGCGGGGUUGUUACGAGGACCUUCUCCAAGGAAGAACGGAUGAGAAAUACGGGAAAAGGGAGAGCAAGUCGAACACGAUUUAGCUACUUAGUAUAUUCAGUUCUGACGCAUGUUGUAUACACAAAAACACUUCACAACGUUAUUGUUGCAAUAAUGAGUUGGUGUGUAACAAUUGUGGUAAAAAUGUACCCCCAAUUCGGGGCUCGAACCAACUAUUAUGGCGAAUGCCCAAACCAGUCUUGUUUCAAAUAACGGUUCUUAUAAACGAAUAUUCAACUCUGUGAUUCUUAAUUGAAAUCGCAUAUUUUUCAUAUUGAAAAUAUCAAUUGUAGACCUAAGUUGUUUAAUAUAACGAACAUCUAGUUUGUCCGAUAUUUGUAAUUUGUUAUGCCUCUAAUUCGUUAAAAUUAAAAAAAUAAACACUCCCCAUUUUUAAUGAUUAUAAUACGACUUGUUUUCGUUAUUGAAAUCUUCUUUAUUGUUCAAGCAAUCAUAAACUUGCCUUUUAUAGAAUAGCAUCAAUUGAAAAGAAUAGUGUAUUUUAUGAUACUGUUUUAAUACUCUGCUUUCACUUUAGUAUUUGUAGUAUAUGAAUUGGACCACUCGUGUCUUGUUUUGAAAUCCAUCAUUACAAAUACAGAGACGAGUCAUUUAUAGAUAACUCGAUUGAUAUGAAUUUCUUAUCGUGUUUUAAACAGUUAUGCACAGUGAAUAAAACAUUCUGUGUGCAUGAUACCUAGAUAAAACUGAUCGUACUUUGACCUUUAAGUACAUGUGAAGUACAUUCUGUCAUUCAAAAUGUGCAUUUAAUGCGAUUUAUUUAUGGAUAUGCACGUGCCUUUUCCCUAGUGGCUGAGAGUCAAUGUGGACUUACCAUCGUCUAAGAUUCGUCUUCGAAGUACAAUAUUGUACUGGUUCAAUUGUCUAAUUGCCUAGUUGUCACUUGGUUUUAUGUUAUUCAUGCUAUAAUCAUAUAUUAAAAGCAAACAUGCAAUAAUCUAUAAAUCAAUGAAUGGAGCAUAACUAAUUUCAAGACUUAGGCGAUGUUGAUGAUAAACACACUUUAACCAUUUUCAAAGUCCAAUAAACCAUAUUUAACAACGGUAUUUCCAUUUUAUAAAUAUAGUCCUUUUAUUUAAUGUUCUUUUACAAUAUUUUGGUAGAAACAUACAUGUUAUAUACGUUAACAAAACCCGAUUUGUUGUUGCAAGAAUGUUAAUAAAUAUUUCCAUGAA